AUGGAUGACCCGAGAUUGUUUGACGAAGAAUAUUUAGAUUUUAUUCAACGGGUCGAAAAUAGAGAAAACCAUCAUCCCCGACGGUAUUUACGUGAUGGUCAAAAUCCUUGCGAAUUCUUCUCCGACAUCGAAUUCGUCAAACGUUUUCGAUUUUCUAAACAGAUUGUGAUGGACACUAUUGUGCCUCUUGUUGCUGCCGACAACAAUGAUAGGAGAGGAUUGCCAUUGCCACCAGUUCUUAAAGUUGUAAUAGCCUUGCGAUUUUAUGGCAGCAAUAGUUUUCAGAAUGUAUGUGGUGACCUAUGCCAUGUCAAUCAAGCAACAGUGUCAAGGAUUGUAAAGGUUGUUUCUGCACAAUUGGCCGAGCACCUUUUGGAGUAUGUUUAUUUUCCUGGACGGCAGCAACUUCAAGAAUACCAUAGGCAGUUCUAUGUAAAUGGUGGCUUUCCUGGUGUAACUGGGUGCAUAGACUGCACUCACAUUGGCAUUAGAAGCCCUGGUGGCCAGUUUGCAGAACUCUACCGUAAUAGGAAGGGUUACAUGUCUCUCAAUGUUCAGGUUGUCUCAGGUCCUAACCUUGAGAUUCUUGAUAUUGUGACAAGGUGGCCUGGCAGUACACAUGACUCAAGGAUUUUCAGCAACAGCCGGGUGAUGACUCGUUUUGAAAAUAGAGUUCUGCCAGGAGUACUGCUGGGAGACAAUGGCUAUCCUCAACUGCAUUUUCUUUUUACUCCAAUACUGGUGCCAAAUACAGUUGAGGAAACUCGCUACAAUGUAGCCCACAAGCGGACCCGGAAUACAGUAGAAAGACUGUUUGGAGUAUGGAAGCGGAGGUUCUCAUGCUUGGGACACAAGCUACGCUCAAGUCUCCAUACUACCAGCAGGGUCAUCGCUGCAUGUGCUGUUUUGCAUAAUAUAGCUGUUGCACGUGGUGAGCCACUGCCACCUCCUCCAGCUGACGAGGAGCACUUCAUGCCUGCUGUUCCUGUUGCAAAUGCGGCACCACGAAAUAAUCGUGGAGUUGAAGUGCGUGCAGAUUUUAUUCAGCGAAACUUUUUCUGAAUUUCGUUGAUUUAUUUUGAGUAGAUUGAAAACCCUGUCUUACCACCAAUGUUAUUUUUUAAUCAACAUGUAAUCACAAAAGCAAACGGCGUAGAAUCUAUACUAAUAUUAUAAAACUGAAGAGUUUGUUUGUUUGGACGCGCUAAUCUCAGGAACCACUGGUCCGAAUUGAAAAAUUAUUUCAGUGUUGGAUAGUACAUUUAUUGAGGAAGGCUAUAGGCUAUAUU